UGCUCGAGAGCAUAUGAACCUACAAUGAAACAUAAUUUUGCUUUUGACAACAUGGGCUAUGAGGAGAGCUCUGAAACUGUGCCCUCUCCACCUUCCCAAGAGCAUACUGUGGUAGUCAACAUUGUGGGAAUGACUUGCCAAUCAUGUGUGCAGUCGAUAGAAGGCCAAAUUUCCAAGGUGAAGGGUGUUUUGAGAAUUAAAAUCUCCCUCGAACAGAACAAUGCUGUUAUCAAGUAUCUGCAGUCGGAAAUAAACCCUGAACAAAUUUGCCAGGAAAUUCUGGACAUGGGCUUUGAUGCCAACAUAGCAGAAGAAAAGUUGACAACAACAACAACUGUAAAUUUGCCGACCUUGAAAGAAGCAGUAGUUAAGCUUCGGGUAGAAGGCAUGACAUGCCAGUCCUGUGUCACCAACAUUGAAGGAAAGAUUAGGAAAAUGCACGGUGUAGCAAAAAUCAAGGUGUCACUUGAUAACCAAGAAGCAGUUAUUGCUUACCAUCCUUACAUCAUUCAACCUGAUGACCUCAAGAGACACAUUGGUGACAUGGGAUAUGACUGCACCAUUAAAAGUAAAUCAGCCCCUUUGAAGCUGGGUGCCCUUGAUCUCCAGCUCUUGCAGAAUGUGAAUCCCAGGGAGACACCUGCAAGUCUUGAGAGUGAUGGGCUGGAUCUGCUGGUCACUGAGAGGGGUAGCACAGCAACAGUGACUCUAUGGAUAGAGGGCAUGCACUGCAAGUCCUGUGUCAGGCACAUUGAAGGAAAUGUAUCAGAUCUUCCUGGCAUAAAAAGUAUUAAAGUGUCUUUGGAGCAUGAAUGUGCUGUGGUACAGUAUAGCCCAGAUUUAAUCACCCUGUCAGCUUUGCAGCAAGCUAUUGAAUCCCUUCCACCUGGAAACUUUAAAGUAAGCCUCCUUAAUGGUUCAGAAGCAAAAAAAGCAGCAUCUCCUUCGGGUACUUUCACAUACAAUGUCAUCAGAAAGCCACCACAAGGCAUGACACAUGUGGCCAUUAUUAAGAUUGGUGGCAUGACCUGCAAUUCUUGUGUACAGUCCAUAGAAGGGGCCAUGUCGCAGAGGCAAGGAGUGCAGCACGUAGCAGUUUCUCUAGCUGGCAGUACUGGGACCAUACACUAUGAUCCAGCUGUCACUAGUGGAGAAGAGUUAAGAGCUGCCAUAGAAGACAUGGGAUUUGAUGCCUCUGUGCUGACAGGUAACAGUGAUUUUUCUUCUGUGGGUCAUGUGCCAAGGUGCCAGCAUGAUGCCAGCAAAGCAGCUGUGCAGCCUCGAGCUCCAGAGCCUCCUCUCCAAGGCAACACCUCGGGUGCUCUUGCAGACAGUCCUCACCCUGAUGGGUCAAACCAGCUCAGUGGAGCCACAGAAGAAAAGUGUGUUUUACAAAUCACAGGCAUGACCUGUGCAUCGUGUGUGUCUACCAUUGAAAGAAACUUGCAGAAAGAAGAUGGAAUUGUUUCAGUGUUGGUAGCACUGAUGGCAGGUAAAGCAGAGAUAAAAUACAAGCCAGAACUCAUACAGCCUCUUGAAAUAGCACAGCUGAUCCAGAGUUUGGGUUUUGAAGCUACCGUCAUGGAAAAUAAUGCAGAAACAGAAGGGCAAGUGGAGCUUCUUAUUACAGGGAUGACUUGUGCUUCUUGUGUUCACAACAUUGAAUCCAAACUCAUGAGAACAAACGGCAUAUUCUCUGCCUCAGUUGCACUUGCAACUAGCAAAGCUCACAUCCAGUUCGAUCCCGAAAUUAUUGGGCCUCGAGAUAUUAUAAAAGUAAUCAAGGAAAUUGGCUUUCAUGCUUCUGUGGCUAAAAGAGCUCCAAAUGCACAUAACCUGGAUCAUAAAAAGGAAAUACAGCAGUGGAGGAAAUCUUUCUUGUACAGCCUAGUGUUUGGCAUCCCUGUUGUAGUCCUAAUGAUUUAUAUGCAAAUACCCAAUGGUGAAGACCAUGGAUCUAAGGUGCUGGAACAGAACCUUGUCCCUGGAUUAUCUAUUUUGAAUCUUCUCUUCUUUAUCCUGUGCACUUUUGUUCAGUUCCUUGGUGGAUGGUAUUUUUAUGUACAAGCUUACAAGUCACUGAGCCACAAGACGGCCAAUAUGGAUGUGCUCAUCACACUGGCCACAACGAUUGCUUAUCUGUAUUCCUGUGUGAUCCUGAUAGUAGCAAUCAUUGAAAAGGCAGAGAAAAGCCCAGUCACUUUCUUCGACACUCCUCCGAUGUUGUUUGUGUUCAUUGCGCUUGGCAGAUGGCUGGAACACAUAGCCAAGGGUAAGACCUCAGAAGCUCUUGCUAAGCUUAUGUCUCUUCAGGCCACUGAAGCCACUGUGGUGACUCUUGGACCUGGCCACUCUAUUGUCAGGGAGGAACAAGUACCUGUUGAACUGGUUCAAAGGGGUGAUAUUAUAAAAGUUGUUCCUGGUGGAAAGUUCCCAGUGGAUGGAAAGGUCAUUGAUGGCAGUUCUAUGGCAGAUGAGUCUCUCAUUACUGGGGAACCUAUGCCAGUCAUUAAAAAGACUGGGAGCACAGUGAUUGCAGGUUCUAUAAAUGCAUAUGGCUCACUUCUCAUUAAUGCAACUCAUGUUGGUAAUGACACCACUCUGGCACAGAUUGUGAAAUUGGUGGAAGAAGCUCAAAUGUCAAAGGCACCCAUCCAGCAACUGGCAGAUAAAUUUAGUGGAUACUUUGUUCCAUUUAUCAUCAUCAUUUCAACGGUGACAUUGAUAGUAUGGAUCACAAUUGGUUUUGUAAAUUUUGAUAUUAUUAAAAAAUAUUUUCCUAAUCAGAGCAAAAACAUUUCAAAAGCUGAAAUAAUACUGAGGUUUGCGUUUCAAACCUCGAUUACUGUGCUGAGCAUUGCAUGCCCUUGCUCUUUAGGCCUGGCUACCCCCACAGCUGUAAUGGUGGGCACAGGAGUGGCUGCGCAGAAUGGCAUUCUCAUCAAAGGUGGAAAACCCCUGGAAAUGGCACAUCAGAUUAAGACUGUGAUGUUUGAUAAAACUGGAACCAUCACCUAUGGAGUUCCUAAAGUCAUGAGGGUGCUUUUGAUGGGAGACAUAGCUGUGUUCCCCCUGAAGAAGGUACUGGCUGUUGUUGGUACAGCAGAAGCCAGCAGUGAGCAUCCUUUAGGAGUGGCUGUCACUAAAUACUGCAAAGAGGAGCUUGGUACUGAGAGCCUGGGAUACUGCACCAACUUCCAGGCAGUCCCAGGCUGUGGUAUCAGUUGCAAGGUCGGAGGAGUUGAGGCCAUCCUUGGCACAGCUGAAGAAGGUCCCAAUAAGCUGAAUGCUAACAGGAGUGGGGACAGCACUUCUCAGAAAUACUCAGUGUUGAUCGGAAAUCGUGAGUGGAUGCGACGCAAUGGCUUGAAUAUUACAAAUGAUGUAAAUGAUGCUAUGACAAGCCAUGAAAUGAAAGGACAGACUGCCAUACUAGUGGCUAUAGAUGGUGUGUUGUGUGGAAUGAUCGCAAUAGCAGAUACUGUGAAGCAGGAGGCAGCCCUUGCUGUGCACACACUGCAGAGCAUGGGAAUAGAUGUGGCGCUCAUAACAGGGGACAACAGGAAAACUGCAAAAGCCAUCGCUACUCAGGUUGGGAUCAAAAAAGUCUUUGCGGAGGUUCUUCCUUCUCACAAGGUUGCAAAGGUCCAGGAACUCCAAAAUGGAAAGAAGAAGGUUGCAAUGGUUGGUGAUGGAGUCAACGAUUCCCCUGCACUAGCCAAAGCUGAUGUUGGAAUUGCAAUUGGAACAGGCACUGAUGUUGCCAUUGAAGCUGCAGAUGUUGUUCUUAUCCGAAAUGAUUUGCUGGAUGUAGUUGCCAGUAUUCACUUAUCCAAGAGAACAGUUCGAAGAAUACGAAUAAAUCUGAUCCUUGCCUUAAUUUAUAAUAUGCUCGGAAUACCCAUAGCAGCAGGUGUGUUCAUGCCUGUUGGCCUCGUGCUUCAGCCUUGGAUGGGAUCAGCUGCAAUGGCAGCUUCUUCUGUUUCUGUCCUGCUGUCUUCCCUGCAGCUGAAAUGUUACAAGAAGCCAGACACAGAAAGUUAUGAAGCACAAGCUCAAGGCCGCAUGAAGCCACUCACUCCUUCUCAAAUCAGUGUUCACAUUGGAAUGGACGACAGGAGGAGGGAUUCUUCCAAACCUCCUUGGGAUCAGAGUAGCCAAGUGUCCCUCUCUUCCCUGGCUUCAGACAAGCUGCCGAGACACAAUGGUUUCAUUGAGGAGGAAAGGGGCAAGUGGUCAUUGCUCAUAAAUGGAGCGGAUGAAGAACAGUACAUCUGA